AUCAUUUCAUUUAAGAAUUUGUGCCAUGUGAUUGAUUAGAUUAAGUUGAGUGAGAUUCUUGACAACGCAAACUAAUUUAUCACCACAAAAGCACAUAGACACAGAUUAACAGAGAAAGAUUCAUGUGGGCCCCUUUACUUUAGAAUCAACCACCAUUAACCUCAAAACAUUAAACACCAUUUGAACAGUCAAGACAUUAAACACCAUUUAAUGCAAACUUCCAACCCAAAUCCUACCCAUAAUUUCCCAACAAUGUCUUCCAUUUCUCUUAAUUACAAUGAAAAAUAUCUCUUUAAACCCACUUUCUUUCCUGGAUCAUCUUGCAAUUUAACAAGUUUAAACCAAAAAUACAGAGUUCAAAUUCUCUGUAAAUCGUCUUGUUCAAAUUCACGAAUAUGCAGAAUUAAUAAAAUUAGAAAUUCAUCUGGGUUGAAAUCCCAGAAUUUGGUGGAGUAUUCGGGUCGAAUAGGGAAAUGGGUAUUCAAUUUUAUAGCAGCGGCAGUUGCAGUUUCUUCUAUUUGUUUUGAUUUUGAUUCUCCAGCUUUUGCAGAGUCUCUUACUAUUGCUUUUCCAGUUUCUCGUUCUUUGGAGGUAAACAGAGCCCAAAGGACCUUAAUCGAGGCUUGGGGUUUGAUCCGAGAAUCCUUCAUUGACCCCAGUUUCAACCAUCAAGACUGGGAUUUGAAGCUGCAACAAACAAUGGUAGAAAUGUUCCCUCUCAAGUCUGCAGAUGCAGCUUACAACAAAAUCAGUGGGAUGGUCUCUAGCUUGGGAGACCCUUUUACCAGAAUAAUCAGUCCUAAGGACUACAAGAACUUCAGAAUUGGUAGUGAUGGAAACUUGCAAGGUGUUGGGUUGUUUGUCAAUGUGGAACCAACUACAGGACAUUUGGUUGUUGUAUCUUGCGUUGAUGAUAGCCCAGCUGCGCGGGCUGGUAUACGUGAAGGAGAUGAGUUAGUUGAGAUCAACGGAGAAAGGGUUGAUGGAAUUAGUAGUGAGACAGCAGCACAGAAGCUCCGAGGGCGUGCUGGAACAACCGUCAGAGUGAAAGUUCACAGCCGAAGUGAUACUCCGUUCAGUUUAAAAUUCCGAGAGGUUAACCUACCACGGGAGUUCAUCAAACUGUCACCAAUUUCAAGUGCUGUCAUUCCGCAUAAAAGUCCUGACGGGCAUGUGUCGAGAACAGGUUAUGUGAAACUAUCAGUAUUCUCCCAGACUGCUGCUUCUGAUAUGGAAAGAGUGAUACAUCAGUUAGAAGAUCAGGGUGUCCAAUCCUACAUAUUGGACUUAAGGAACAACCCGGGUGGGUUAGUGAAAGCAGGGCUUGAUGUAGCUCAAUUAUGGCUUGACGGAGAGGAAACGCUUGUAUACACAACCGAUAGAGAUAGACAUAUAUUUCCGAUCAACAUGGUUGAUGGACAUGCGAUUACACAUGAUCCUCUUGUAAUCCUUGUCAAUGAGGGAAGUGCAAGUGCAAGCGAGAUUCUAGCCGGUGCUCUGCAUGAUAAUGGCCGUGCUAUCCUUGUAGGACACACGACUUUCGGGAAAGGGAGAAUACAAAGUGUGACAGAGCUGCGUGAUGGAUCAGCCUUGUUCGUAACAGUCGCUAAAUAUUUGUCCCCAUUACGACAUGAAAUCGACAAAGUGGGCAUUAAGCCUGAUGUUCAAUGCACCACUGAUAUGCUAAACACUCCAAAGCCAUCUAUGGUGAAGGAUAAAAAUGGAGGAUCUGCACUGGAAGCAGAUUCUUGCAUAAUGGUGGCAGAACAUGAAUUAGACAUACAACAGUCAGAAGGAACUGCUUCCUGAUUCCUGAAUGUACCAAGAGGCAAAGCCAGGUCUUCCAUGUGUAAAUAGCUCCAUCAAGUGAGUCCAUCGACCAUUAUCAUCAUCAAACUCAGUGUAUCCUGGUCUUAUAUUUUGCGGCUCCAUGUAAUAUUCAAAUGUAUUAGCCAUGUAUAUGUAUUGUAUAGUGAAUGUACAAAACAAAUUUGUUACUGGAUUAAUUUGAUUUAAAAUGAUGUGCAAAAGAUUUCUACAA